AUGAUGGUCAAGAGCCUGAUCCCAGCGUUGAUCCCACUGGGGGAGAUGGUUGCUGCGUAUAGCGGCAAUCAUCAUGCCUCCCCGACGUUGAGAAAUGGCAGUCUCUCCAGCAUUGUGAAUACCACGUCAACUGCUUCAAUGCCGUAUUCCUCGCCAAGUUCUCAGUUCAGCUCUUGGGAUACGGACCAGUCCGUUGAUAUCCCUUCAAAGUCCUUGGACAAGAGAAAGAUUCCUACUAUGCUCACUAUCCCUGGACCGGAAGACUUGGAACUCAUCCCAUCGACCAGCACCGAAGCUCCUGUGGUCACAGUUCAGACAGGACUUCCAAUGUCAACCGACUCGUCGUCUUUGGAUUCGUCGUUUCAGGCUACAACUGCAAUGGACCCCCUUCCACCUGCUUUUGCUGAUACAAUGGCACUAGGAGCGGAGACCUCAUCUAACAAUGGAUGGUUCACUCUCCCAGGCCUUCCAGUGUGGCUGUCUAUGGUCCUCCCUACACCGGCCUUGCCCUCUGAGCCAACGUCGGGCUUGGAUCCAGGGUCUCCGCAUCACACAGCCUAUGUCGGAUUGUUUUCCUUCCCUAUGGAUGAGGAGCCCUCAACAUUGCCUAUCACCUUACUUGUCUGCAUCGGUGACUACAGAGUCGUCUUCUGCAAGUGA